GCGAGCGGAGUCUGAGGCAAUGCUUCGCAGCAACUCCAAGAGCGGAGUCGUCCUGCCCCCCGUGACCCGGGGUCUGGAGGCUUGCCAGAUGCUCACCAGAGCGCAGCUGGGUCAGGAUCCCCCGCAGAGGACCGUGCUGGGAGUGCUGACUGAGAAUGGCCAAUACAGGAGGACCUGUGGCCAGGAGAUCACAACAAUCAGGUGUUUUGCUGGAUCAGAAAAUGUCUUUCCUCCAGCUGGAAAGAGUGUGCUGACUGACUGUGGGGUCCACGAACCAGCCAAGCAUGGGUUUGAUAUUUACAUGGAUGAUCCUGAGCAGGGGGACAGAAACAGCUGCCCCGGGAGAGAGGGCAUAGCAUUUGAGAAUGUGUAUGAAGUAGACACCAGUACACUCAAGUCAGAUCUUCACUUCCUUUUGGAUUUCAACACAGUUUCUCCUAUGCUGGUAGAUCCAUCUGUCCAUUCUCAGACUGAAGAAGCAUCAGAUUUUGGCUCAGAUGUCAUAAAUGUGACUGAGUAUGCUGAAGAAAUCCAUCAGUACCUUAGAGAAGCUGAAGUCAGAUACAGACCCAAAGCACACUACAUGAGAAAACAGCCUGACAUUACUGAAGGCAUGCGUACUAUUCUGGUGGAUUGGCUGGUGGAGGUUGGUGAAGAAUAUAAGCUUCGGGCAGAGACUCUGUACCUGGCUGUCAACUUCCUGGACAGGUUUCUCUCCUGCAUGUCUGUUCUGAGAGGGAAAUUGCAGCUUGUUGGAACAGCAGCUAUUCUUCUAGCUUCGAAAUAUGAAGAGAUAUAUCCACCUGAAGUGGAUGAGUUUGUCUAUAUAACUGAUGAUACAUACACAAAACGACAACUGUUAAGGAUGGAACACCUGCUCCUGAAGGUUCUGGCAUUUGAUUUGACAGUACCAACCACCAACCAGUUUCUCCUUCAGUAUUUACGGCGGCAAGGAGUAUGUAUCCGAACUGAGAAUCUGGCCAAGUAUGUAGCAGAACUGAGUUUACUUGAAGCUGAUCCUUUCUUGAAAUAUCUUCCUUCAGUUAUAGCGGCAGCAGCUUAUUGCCUGGCAAACUACACUGUGAACAGGCACUUCUGGCCAGAAACCCUUGCUGCAUUUACAGGCUAUUCAUUAAGUGAAAUUGUGCCUUGCCUGAGUGAGCUACACAAAGCAUGCCUUGAUAUACCCCAUCGACCUCAGCAAGCAAUUAGGGAGAAGUAUAAAGCUUCAAAGUAUCUGCAUGUGUCUCUCAUGGAACCACCUGCAGUUCUUCCUCUGUGACAAGUGUCAGUGCUGAAGCACUUCCAAAACCCA